GAGAGAGAGAGAGAGAGAGAUGAGGGGGGGUCCAUUUCCACGCUCACUCGCCCGCUGCCAUUGUCAUGGAAACAAGACCACCGCUUCGCCAUUGUCUCGCGCCCUGCCGAGUUUAUUAUAAACACCGCGCGAGCCGCGACGCACCGUCACAAACGCAGCGCGAGCGCCGAGCGAGCUGAGCUGCUGCAGCGGGAGGACUUGUAGCGAGAAGUAAGCUAAGCUAGGGGAAAAAAACACUUGCUUUAAAAAAAAAACAUCUGGCUGAUUGAAAUAACUAAAGAGAGAAGACGGAGUUCGGAAGAUUUUGGAGACAAAAAACAGCCCGAACCGACUGUCAGCAUCACCGCGUGUCCAGCAGAGUGUGUACAUGUGUGUGUGAGUGUGUGUGUUUCCACCGGCCUCUCCUCCAUGUAUAAGAUGGAUUACUCCUACCUGAACUCCUAUGACUCCUGCAUGGCGGCCAUGGAAGCCUCGGCCUACGCGGACUUCAGCUCGUGCAGCCAGGCCAGCUCGUUCCAGUACAACCCGAUCCGGACCGGACCGUUCUCCAACCCGGGCUGCAGCCCGCUCAGCACGGCCAGCUGCACCCUGGGGGCCCUGCGCGAGCACCAGCCCACCCCGUACUCCACAGUCCCCUACAAGUUCUUCUCGGACCCCUCCGGCCUGAAUGAGAAGAGGAAGCAGCGGCGCAUCCGGACCACCUUCACCAGCUCGCAGCUGAAGGAGCUGGAGCGGGUCUUCGCAGAGACGCACUACCCGGACAUCUACACCCGGGAGGAGCUGGCGCUGAAGAUAGACCUGACCGAGGCCCGGGUCCAGGUGUGGUUCCAGAACAGACGCGCCAAAUUCCGCAAACAGGAGCGCGCAGCCAACGCCAAGGCCAACAACAGUUCCGGUGGCACCGCGGGCUCCACCGGCAGCAGCAGCAGCUCUGGAGGGAAGAAAAGCGGAGAGGCAAGGUCUUCGUCAGACGAUGACGAGUCCAAGGAGUCCACCUGCAGCCCCACCCCGGACAGCACGGCCUCCCUGCCCGGCUCGGCCAGCGGGAACCUGGGGAGCCCCGCCAGCCUGAGCCCCAGCCCGGCUCCCCCUGCCAACAGCGGCUACGUCACCAACACCUCCGCCUCGCCGGUUCUGCAGGGGCUGAAGGCACCCAGCUGGUCCAGCCUGGGCCCGUCCAACCCAGCGGUGGCCCAGCCAGCUGUCCAGACUCAGGAGAUCCUGAAGGCCUGGCAGCCGGCGGACAGUAUGACGGGGCCUUUCGCCGGAGUCCUGUCCUCCUUCCACAGAAAACCCAACCCCGCCAUCAAGACCAACCUGUUCUGAAGCACUGAGAGGAGUUUCCAGCUCGAAUGGGGGGAGUGAAAAGCUGCUCAAUGAUGCUGAAUUCACUGGGGGGAGUCAGCUCAGAUCAAACACUCACAGGUCUGGUCUGGUCACCCCCCCAACAUGUUCCACAUGGUGCAGCUGCAGAACCCUUCCUGGUUAUGAGCAGUUCUUUCUAAGACAUGAACCAUGCUGAGCUACUGAACCGACCCCCAUCCAUUACACACAAGUCUCGUUUUCUGCAUCUUUCCUGUCUUUGUUGCCCCCCCCCCCCAACACACACACAUUUCCACACUGCACUGCAGCAGCUCUGAUGAGCAUGGAGGUCAGGUACGACUUUAAAGCAGAAGUCCAAACAUCAGGCUCUGCAGAGGAAAACAAAGCAACGAGCACAACUUGACUCACAGACUUCCACCAGAAGGAACUGAGUCCACCCUGAAGUCUCUUUGCUGAGCUGAGCAGCCCCCCCCUCCCCACCCCCCCAAAAAACAAAAUCCAAUUAGAGCAGCUGGGCCCAGAUCCAGACCCCUCCCCAGAUCCACUUGCUCCUUCUUCACCACAUCGGGUCCUGACUCCCACACUCCAACAAACAGACUAUACUUUGUUAAAAACUAAGCUGGGGCAGGCGUUUCACCCCCCCAUCACUGUAGUACUGUGGGGUGGGAGGGGGCAAGGAGUUGGACUUAACCACCAAACUGAGUGCAUCCUGAAAAAUGAAAGGAUUUAACUUCCUUCAACUUUUUUUUUUUUUUUUUUGGGACAAAAGCAGGCUUAACUGCUCAUUUGCUGAAACACAGCUUUAUUUUUUGUUGCACCUCAUUGUUCUCAAUCUCUUUGCUUUGUUCAGUUACCCAACAAACACUGUCACAGGACGCAGAAGUCUUCAAACGGACAAAAAAAAAAUCGCCUAUUUAUUAAUAUUUUUAUGUCGGUAAAAAACUCGGGCUUUUCUUUGAAUCGCUCCGUAAAAAGUUUGUGAGUGUAAAUUCUGUAAUUAGUAAUAUAAAUAUUAGGUAGUUUAGUUUUUUUCUUUUGUUUUUCUGUCGUUUUGUUUUGGCCUCACAGAUCUAUUUCACUGCAGAGCAUCUUGUCUCCCAGGCAGACAGCUUGGGCUGAAUGAGACGUUAUAGCACUACUCUGAAUAUUCUAAUAAAUCUACAUAAUGAAGGCACUA